GGCAGAGUGAGGUGGCAGCUGCAGACUCAGGUCCAAGAAGAAGAGGCAGCGGCUGUUUAUCCGUGUCAUUUUAUUGACCAGGACACAACUCCUGUACUUCACCAAGGUGCUGCUUUCAUUGACAAGGUCUUGUGCUAUCCAGCGCUGCCAUGUCGGCGAAAGCCAUCUCCGAGCAGACAGGAAAAGAGUUCUUGUCGAAGUACAUCUGCACCUCAGCAGCUGUGCAGAACCGCUUCCGCUAUGCCAGUGUCACCGCAGAGACUGACUGGGACCGCCUCACACAGGAUCAUCCAUGGCUGCUAACAGAACGGCUGGUGGUGAAGCCAGAUCAGCUGAUCAAACGACGUGGGAAACUUGGGCUGGUGGGCAUCAAUCUGGACCUGCAGGGGGUCAAAGAGUGGCUCCAGGCCCGCCUAAUGAGAGAGACCACUGUGGGAAAGGCAAAGGGUGUGCUGAAGAAUUUCCUCAUUGAGCCAUUCGUUCCACACACACAGGAGGAGGAGUUUUAUAUGUGUAUCUACGCCGCACGUGAGGGCGACCAUGUGCUGUUCGACCAUGAGGGAGGAGUGGAGGUGGGUGACGUGGACGUCAAGGCCCAGAGGCUGAUGGUUGCAGUGGAUGAAAAGCUCAGUGAGGACCAAGUCACAGAGCAGCUCCUCACAAAUGUUCCCGAUGAGAAGAAAGAAGUCCUGGCCAGUUUUAUCGUUGGCCUCUUCAAUUUAUAUGAGGACCUCUACUUCACCUACCUUGAAAUCAACCCUCUAGUUGUCACCCAGGAUGGCGUGUACAUCCUCGACAUGGCAGCCAAAAUUGAUGCCACAGCAGAUUACAUCUGCAAGGCUAAGUGGGGUGACGUGGAGUUUCCCCCUCCCUUUGGCAGAGAAGCCUAUCUAGAGGAGGCGUACAUAGCUGAUCUGGACGCAAAGAGUGGUGCCAGUCUGAAGCUGACCCUGCUGAAUCCUCGUGGCAGGAUCUGGACCAUGGUGGCCGGAGGAGGGGCUUCGGUAGUCUACAGUGAUACCAUCUGUGACUUGGGUGGAGUGGAUGAGCUGGCAAACUAUGGAGAGUACUCUGGAGCACCCAGUGAACAACAGACCUACGACUACGCAAAAACCAUCCUCUCCCUCAUGACACGUGAAAAACAUCCCCAAGGGAAAGUGCUGAUCAUCGGAGGAAGUAUUGCCAACUUCACCAACGUAGCCGCAACAUUCAAGGGCAUUGUCAGGGCCAUCAAAGACUACCAAGGUCCUCUGAAGGAGCAUGAGGUCACCAUCUUUGUUCGACGUGGUGGGCCAAAUUACCAGGAGGGGCUGAGAGUGAUGGGGGAAGUAGGGAAGACCACAGGUAUUCCUAUCCAUGUGUUUGGUACAGAGACCCAUAUGACGGCCAUUGUUGGUAUGGCAUUGGGCUACCGGCCAAUCCCCAACCAACCCCCAACGGAUGCACAUACCGCUAACUUCCUCCUCAACUCUAGCAACAAUGCAGUGACUCCAUCUACCACACGAACGGCCUCAUUCUCUGAGCCCAGGACGUGUAAUGAUGUCACUCCAGCCAAAAAGUCGAAGGCAGGUGUUCCAGCAGCAGUGCAGGCCUCAUCAGGCUGCAGCGGAGCCAAAGCUACCACACUCUUCAGCAGGCACACAAAGGCCAUUGUCUGGGGCAUGCAGACUCGUGCUGUCCAAGGCAUGCUGGACUUUGACUACGUGUGCUCCCGGGACGAACCCUCUGUGGCAGCCAUGGUCUAUCCCUUCACUGGGGAUCACAAGCAGAAGUUCUACUGGGGCCACAAGGAGAUCCUGCUGCCGGUCUAUAAGCAGAUGGCUGACGCCAUGAAGAAGCACCCUGAGGUGGACGUACUGAUCAGCUUUGCUUCACUGCGCUCCGCCUAUGACAGUACUGUGGAGGCAAUGCUGUACCCACAGAUUCACACUAUUGCCAUCAUAGCUGAAGGCAUCCCUGAAGCCCUGACGAGGAAGAUGGUGAAGAUGGCUGACGAGAAAGGUGUCACUAUCAUUGGCCCCGCCACGGUCGGUGGCAUAAAGCCAGGCUGUUUUAAGAUCGGCAACACAGGUGGCAUGCUGGACAACAUCCUUGCUUCAAAGCUCUAUCGUCCCGGCAGCGUGGCGUAUGUGUCUCGCUCUGGUGGUAUGUCCAAUGAGCUGAACAACAUUGUCUCACGCACAACCGAUGGCGUCUAUGAGGGUGUGGCCAUCGGAGGAGACAGAUAUCCAGGCUCCACCUUCAUGGACCAUGUCCUUCGUUACCAGGACACUCCAGGGGUUAAGAUGAUAGUGGUGCUUGGAGAGAUUGGUGGCACAGAGGAGUACAAGAUAUGUCAAGGCAUCAAAGAGGGCAGGAUAACCAAACCUGUGGUGUGCUGGUGUAUUGGAACCUGCGCCACCAUGUUCGCUUCAGAGGUUCAGUUUGGCCAUGCUGGGGCUUGUGCCAACCAGGCUUCAGAGACGGCGGUGGCCAAGAACCAGGCUCUGAGAAAUGCUGGAGCUUAUGUACCCAAGAGCUUUGACGAGCUGGGAGAUGUCAUCAAGACUGUCUAUGAUGAACUGGUAGCCAAUGGUACCAUCGUUCCUGCCCAGGAGGUGCCUCCUCCAACAGUACCUAUGGACUACUCUUGGGCCAGGGAAUUGGGCCUGAUCCGUAAGCCAGCCUCCUUCAUGACGAGCAUCUGUGACGAGAGAGGCCAGGAACUAAUCUACGCUGGCAUGCCCAUCACUGAGGUCUUUAAAGAGGAGAUGGGUUUAGGAGGAGUGCUGGGAUUGCUCUGGUUCCAACGCAGGUUGCCACGCUACGCCUGCCAGUUCAUUGAGAUGUGCCUGAUGGUGACUGCUGACCACGGGCCUGCAGUCUCUGGUGCACAUAACACCAUCGUCUGUGCUCGUGCUGGCAAGGACCUUAUCUCAAGCCUCACCUCUGGCCUGCUCACCAUUGGGGACCGUUUUGGAGGUGCUCUGGAUGCAGCAGCAAAGCAGUUUAGCAAGGCGUUUGACAGCGGCAUGCUGCCCAUGGAAUUUGUCAACAAAAUGAAGAAGGAUGGCAAGCUGAUCAUGGGCAUCGGCCACAGGGUCAAAUCAAUCAACAACCCAGACAUGCGGGUGCAGAUUCUGAAGGACUUCGUGAAACAGCAUUUCCCUUCCACCCAGCUACUGGACUACGCCCUAGACGUAGAGAAGAUCACCACCUCCAAGAAACCCAACCUGAUCCUGAACGUAGACGGUUUUAUUGGCGUUGCCUUUGUGGACCUGCUCAGGUCGUAUGAUGGCUUCACACGUGAUGAGGCAGACGAGUUUGUGGAGAUCGGUGCACUAAAUGGGAUCUUUGUGCUCGGCCGGAGUAUGGGCUUUAUUGGACAUUACCUGGACCAGAAGAGGUUGAAACAGGGUUUGUACCGCCACCCCUGGGAUGACAUCUCUUACGUGCUUCCUGAACAUAUGUCCAUGUAAUCCCCACAUCACAGAAUGGGACACACUCCAGAUGUGACUGCCCAAAUGGGUCAGGCAUUAUCACACAUCACAUUUACAUACAUGUACUCUCCGAUUAUGACAAAAGCUGCCUUUGAAAACUGGCAUGAUGAUUCUGGGUGGUGGAAGAACUGUCCGACCGAGGGAUUUGGGUAGAGGUUUUCAGUCUAGUUUUCACGGAGAAAAAGGGGAAGUAUAUUUUUAGAUUUAGUUUUUGACAAAUUAUUUAAAAAGUCUGAGAUGUAACUUAUUAAGUUUUGAGCAGAGAGCCAAACCGCUGCAAAGUACAGCAAUCGCAGAACACAAAAUCAAUCGGUACUACAAAAAAAAAAAUCAGUUUUCCGUGGUUUGUACGAGGGCAAGAUUCAAAGUGCAUUUCAGUUAAGACUCCUGCUUAAUGGAGUCUGGUGUGAAAUAUAUUCAAGCUCAGCAAUACAGUACCUUGUCUUUUUUUGUUUUAUACUAACCUAUUUUAAUCAGCAACAAGAAAGUGUGCUUAAGCAUGCUCUCCAAGUAUUGCACCUUAGUUUAAACACUAGCAAAUCCUAAAUUCAGUAUCUGUUAAAAAAAAUGCCUUCAAAUUUCACUCCCACUGAAAAGGAUCUUUACGUGAUAAACCAAAGCUAGUUUUAAUUAUUUGUUGUCUUCACUAAACCAAGUAUAAAAAAACAGGGUCCAGUGGUAGAUAUAACAAAGCUUAUCUAGAUCUUACAUUUGAAAAAGAUCAUUCAUAAUGCGGGGAAAGGAAAAUAAGCACAAAAAUGCUGAUUUUAAGUGUCACUCCAUCAUUGCCUUUUCUUAGUACAACCCUGGUGGAAACUCAUCAGCUACUGUAAAUCAGAUGCAGUUUUGAAGUGUUCAAGUCUUUUGUUACGAAUUGGACUACAUGUGUUGAUUUUCUGAACGACUGUUUUGAUAAUCUGUCAGAAAACAGGGAAAUGUAGAAGCAUCGAGGGAAGAGGGCGAUCAAAAUGCUUCAUGAAUGAGUCCUGUAAGUCUUGAUUAGAUUCUUUUGGCGAGGGACCAUGAAAGCAGUGUGAGUUACAUGGGAGGUUAUUGCACAUAUUACGUGUGUCGGCUCUGUAAGAACUGUCCAGCUUCCACUAAAGACUUGACACUACCUUUGUAACUGACCACUGUACGGCCUGCUGUGUUUGAUCUUUGUGUUGCUGUUUUUAUUUAACUGUGAAAAAAAAUGCUUUUUUUUUUUUUGUAAUAUGCUGUCAUAUAGUAGUUAUAAUAAAGAACUUAUUGUUUUA